CACUGACAGCAUUCAGGCAAAAAUCGAGGGGCUACACAAAGAGAAGACAAACCUCCAGACUAACAAAACAACUUUGGAGGAAAGCUGCAGCAGAUGCCCACCAGAGUGGAUGUUACUGAAAUCGUCCUGUUAUCGUUUUGCUCACCAUGAAGUGGCUGCCCAGAAGAACUGGUCGGACAGCAGAGCAGACUGUAUUCGUCAAGGCGGCGACCUGCUUGUGAUCAAUAAUUUGGAGGAACAGCAACUCAUGAGUGAGAACUUUGUGAGGAAGAGCAGCAGCAACAUAUGGUGGGAGAACGGAUACUGGAUGGGCCUCACCGACCUGGUGUCGGAGGGAACCUGGGUUUGGAUUAACAACGUGACCGAGGCGGAGACGAUGUACUGGAGAAACGGACAGCCGAGCCACGGAGAACCUCAGAGCGGGAACUGUGCUGCUAUUUAUUACUACCACGAUAGUAUGAAGUCGUGGUAUAAUGCUAACUGCCAACAUCCGCUGAGCUUCAUCUGUGAGAUGAAAGCACGUGCGGCUCUCGGUUUAACUGUCAAAAUGGAGGGCAGAGAACAUUCCGGGGACACGUUUGAAGCCACAUACAACAAACUGGCUUCUCCCAAGGACCUGAGUGCAGAUGAGCACCCGCUCUACCCGAACCGAGGGAAGCAACAAGUCUCCAUGUCCACAGUGAGACCUGAAUACGGUCUGAAUCACUACAAAGUGCUUGCAGUGAGCCUGGCGGUGCUCGCGGUCGUUCUGCUAGCAGUCGAUAUCGGCCUGGGAGUCUACUAUCACAAACUCACUGAUGGGAACCAGAUAGUGACGGACAUCAGCGGUGAGAUUGCCAAACUGCAGGCGACUUACAACUCUGCAAUUCAAAGCAGGGAUGAGGCCAAGAGAGAACUCGCAAAAGAGGUCAGUGAGCACCAAAUUACCAAGUGGGAGCUCGAACACCAGAGCAGAAGAAACAAAGACUACGAAAAGCAGGUUGCCAAAAUUCAAGUGGACAUAGCCGUGUUGAAAUCCCACAUGCCCAUGCUUAAGGAGGGCUGCAAACACUGUUUACCAGGAUGGACGUUCCUGAACUCGAUGUGUUACUACUUGACCUUCUCCGACAGUACUUCACGCAAAACGUGGAUGGAUGCCAGACAGUUCUGCAAGAAGCGAGGAGGUGACUUGGUAGUGACAGACAGCAGAGAGAAGCACCUGGCAUUAGAAGAACUGAUAAAUAAUUACCAUGACUCCUCAAGAGCCAUUUCCCAGAGUGGCUACUGGAUCGGACUGAGAGACGUAGAGGAAGAAGGGACUUGGAAAUGGCUGGACGGGACAAGGCUCGCUGAGGGGUUCUGGAAUGAAGGAGAACCCAACAACCAGAACAAUGAAGACUGUGCAGCUAUGUAUCCCAGGAGCAACCCCUUCAGAGCUUGGAAUGAUGCUCCAUGCAGUUACAACCUGAAAUGGAUUUGUGAAAUGCCACCCAGGUCUGCGCUUUAAUGUAAUCAGAAAUGAGACUCGAACACAUCUUGUGAAUGUUUUUUUUUUUCUCUUUAUUGUACUGUCCAGACUACAAAAUGGCAAGAAAAUCUGAAAUACGAAAAAUACAUCUGAUUUAUGAAAUAAACUAGAAAAUGUAUGUGAAUUAUUUUACUAAAUCUUCACCUUUACUAUGUACAUAUGUGUUCCUGUACAAAUCUGUACACUGGGUUGCCAGUUUAUCAGUAAAAUCUCCACCUUCAUGUACAUUUUUAAGUCACCGUUACAUGUUUACUUGAAUUUGGUAUCGAGGCGCUUUGGUUCGAGCCGUUCCCAGAACUGCUGUCGUCUUGGCUUUUUCACACCCGACUGUUCUGGAGUUUUACAGCGAGAGGUGCGAAAAGCAAAGAACCACCAGUGACCAGCGAUCCUGUCUACAGCAGGGGUCAAUGGAGGAUGACCCAUCACAUCCAGACUGCGUUCAAUGGAAUAUAACACCUUAUAAACUGGCAGUUUAGUGUAACUCUACCAUUUAAUAAAUAAAAAACACAAACCCUG